AUGGAAGACGUUAAGAAAAAGUUCAAAGAUGAUUUGGAUAAGAAAACAGAUCCGAAGGUGAAAACAAAUGUUGUUGGUGAUAAAAAUCAAGCUUCAAAGGUUGAUCCGAAGUGGAAAACAAAUGUUGUCGGUGAUGAAAAUCAAACUUCAAAGGUUGAUCCUAAAGGAAAACCAAAUGUUUUUGCUUCUGACCGGAGUCUGUCCUCCUCCUCCAUAGUUGUUUCUGAUGCCAUGCCGAAAUCUAAAGGUGAUGUUGGUCAAUUUGUGGUACCAAAAAAAAAGAAGGCCAUGCGGAUAUCUAAAGCUGUUAUGUUGGUGUCCGACGAGUCUCAUAUCACCCAUCGUACACGUUCAAAGUUUACAAAGAAAAACGAAUCCGUGGUUGUUGAUAGCAUGAAGCCUGUUGAAACCAUAUAUGUUAGAUCCAUCCCACACACUUCUGAUGUUGUUAGCCGUAAACGUUCUACAUUGAAAAGGUCCAAAAAAGUUUCAUUCAUCGAGUUCACCAAAGUCGCUGAAAGCAUAAUGCGUUUACCAUCUGAUGUUGCGAGUGAGUUGGCUCUUUCUGUUGACAGCCUCCGUGAUGUUACGAUCCAGAACCUUAGAAGUGAGCUAACUAAUAUGAACAUGAUAACGGAAAAGAAUGGAGAUGGUUACAGGUAUGGUUUUUCAAAGUAGUCGGCUUUCUUGAAAUCAAAUCACAUCCAGUUCGGCACAACUCUUUUCUUUAAGUACAUCAAGUCUUCGCAGCUUUUGAUGUUGACCAAAGUUGUACACAAGACGACAAAGAAAAGAGGUCGUGCGUGACUGUUGGAUUUUGUGGUUGUUGUUAGUUGGUUUUUAGACAUUUUGGUGAUGUGGUGGUUCGUUUUGGUUUUUUGAUCCUUGGUGGUUAUUAGUUAAUGGUGGUUAGACAGUUGUUUGCGUAGUUUGUAAUUGAUCUUCGUAGCUUCAAGGUGGAUGGUCAGUUAUGUUUCCGUUUGAACAAUUAGUAG